AAUCAAUUAAAUUACUUAUGAUUUUUUGUAAUUUAUAGCUCUUAAUAUGCAGUAUAUCGAAGUAUCAGUGAUUAUUCAAUUUUUAUUAUUUUGCAUUUCAAAUGCAAAUCCCCUUAUCGGUAAUAAUAUUAGAAGAGCAAGAGAUAAAGAGUUUAGUUUCAUUGUAUCUAUAAGUGCGAAAACUGCGAGAUUCGAUGCAUUAAGUGAUCACAUAUGUACUGGAACACUUAUUACCAACAAACAUGUUUUAACUGCCGAGCAUUGUAUGUGCAGUAAUAUACAUCUCUGCCAAGUAAUUGCUGGUUCGAAUAAUUUAUAUGAAGGUAAAAAAUAUAAUAUAAGAAAUUGGAUAUCAUACCUAGAGUGGAUCGAAAAGAAUAGAUUUCAUUUGGAAUUUGCAGAAAAUGACAUAUCUGUCUUAACGUUACUAGAAACAAUUGCUGAUCCAGAAAUUGAGCCGGCCAAUCUCUCAACUAUGACAAAUCGUGAUCUAAUUGGAAUAGAUGUUGUGGUAGCAGGUUGGGGUCGAACAAAUACUCAACGACUUGCUAUUAUCAUGGAAACAGCAAUGCUUAAAAUAAUAUCCAAGUCAGAAUGCUUAAAAAAAGUAAAGAAAAUUUCCCAAACCAAGACAGAUAUGAUUGUUCCUCCAACAGUGCUAUGUUCAAUAGCAAAGCCUUAUACAUUACUGGACAAUGGUGAAAGUGGUGGUCCUCUUCUUGAUACAAACAAUCAUGUGGUGGGUGUUAAUGAAGGGACGACUCCUCAAACCGAUAAGCCAUUUGAUCCAAAUGAAGUGAACAUUCAUGCCAACAUAAAUUAUUACAGACAUUUCAUUAUGGAUACUAUAAGCAAUUAGUAAAAACUUAACUUGAAUGCUAAUGUAAACAAAGCAUAAACAUGAAAAUAAAACUGAUGUAUUCUUAAAUUUA